AUGGACGGCCCAUUCACAAGCAAAGAGCAUAGGUUUGUUCUCGCCGAGAUGAUCAAAACUAGCUCAGUCGACGUUUACCAACUGGAAUGUUUUGUCAAACACCACGGCAUCGUCCCAGAUUGGUUGAAUAUGCAGCUGCCGCGAGGUCGUAAUGUGAACGAAUGCAUGGUCGCGACGAAACAGCUUUCUGGCCCUUACCACAGUCGAGAGCGAAACUCGUCUGGCAGCAGUCACGGCGACUAUCCAUCCAUCAGCCAAGCGAUGAGGGCCAUCUACGACGACAACGGCCGUCACCAUACCAGCCAAUGGGAGUCCGCGUACCAAGUCCAGACAAGGAGCUGCGGAGGCGUCAAAGCCGCCGCCUAA